ACACCUGCUAGCCUGUAGCCUCCCCCGGAAAGCCUUUCCGGUCAUCGGCCUUUUUUAAACAAUGGGCAGCUCAACGUGUCUCAGAGACAUGAACGUCAGACUUCACGACUGUGUUCCACGUAUACGAUAGGACUCGCCUACUUUCUGCUUUACAUUUUGGUCCUACUUGUUGAUCUCCAGUUAGAAUUCUGAUAACUUCCAUUGCAGUUGAGUUUUUAAAGGUGAUACAAGACAAAUACUAAAAAAGAAAAUGGCCACAAACAUUGCUGAAAUUCCAGUUCGCAAAAUAUGCUGCAUUGGAGCUGGCUACGUUGGAGGCCCUACAUGCAGUGUUUUAGCUCUAAAUUGCCCUGAUAUUCAAGUGACUGUAGUUGACAGGAAUGAACUGCGUAUAAACCAGUGGAACUCAGAAAAGCUGCCUAUUUAUGAACCAGGUCUUGAAGAAAUUGUUAAACAGUGUAGAGGAAAGAACUUGUUUUUCUCUACUGAUAUGGCUCCUGCCCUGAAAGAGGCUGAUUUGAUUUUUAUUUCGGUUAACACUCCAACUAAAACUUUUGGCCUGGGCAAAGGCCGUGCCGCUGAUUUGAAGUUUGUCGAAUCUUGCGCUCGGCUUAUCGCUGAAGUAUGCGAUCGAAGCAAGAUUGUCGUAGAAAAGAGCACCGUUCCCGUUAGAUCUGCUGCUUCAAUCGUUAACGUUUUGAAAGCUAAUACAAAACCGGGAGUUAGCUAUCAAGUACUGUCUAAUCCAGAGUUUCUAGCUGAAGGCACUGCAGUUAAUGAUCUCAAAAAUCCCGAUCGAGUUCUAAUCGGUGGCGAAGAAAGUGAAGAGGGAAAAAAAGCCAUUAGUGCACUUUCUUGGGUGUAUCGUCAUUGGGUUUCGGCGGAUAAAAUCAUCGAGAUGAACACUUGGUCUUCCGAGCUUUCGAAACUAGCUGCCAAUGCAUUUCUUGCGCAACGAAUCUCAAGCAUUAAUGCCAUAUCCGCGGUUUGUGAGGCAACCGGUGCCGAUGUCAGUGAAGUGGCCAAGGCCAUCGGGCUCGAUUCCCGUCUUGGACCCAAAUUUCUCCAGGCUUCAGUCGGAUGGGGUGGUAGCUGUUUUCAGAAGGACAUUCUCAAUUUGGUCUACAUUAGUGAAUCACUCAACUUAACGAGCGUAGCUGCUUAUUGGCAACAAGUCAUCGAUAUGAAUGAGUAUCAAAAAUCGCGCUUUGGAGAGCGCAUCGUACAAUCAAUGUUCAACACUAUCACGGAUAAGCGUAUAGCAAUUUUAGGAUUUGCCUUCAAAAAGAACACUGGUGACACUCGCGAGUCACCCGCCAUUCAUGUGGCAAAGCAUCUUCUUGAAGAAGGAGCUUUUCUUCAUAUCUACGAUCCUAAAGUUGAAAAGGCUCAAAUACUACUGGAUCUAGAUCAAUUGGAUGAAGAAAGUGGCAUCAGUAUUCACACGGACCCCUAUGAAGCUGCCAAGGGCACCCAUGCGCUUGUAAUCUGCACGGAAUGGGACCAAUUUAUAGUAAACACUUACGAUUAUCAACGUAUGUAUGAUUCAAUGCUAAAACCAGCAUUUGUCUUCGACGGCCGCAAAAUUCUCAACCAUUCUGCUUUGGCCAAGAUUGGUUUCCAUGUCGAAACCAUUGGAAAACGCCAUGGGCAGAGCUUCCAGGACCACAACUGGGCCGGAACGAAUGGCAUUUAAAAAGAAAGCGAAAGUAUUAUUCCGUAACUUGGUGCAAUCUUAACCUCUUUAACAAACCAGUGUUUUUCGAUAUCAUGGUAUCUUCUAAAAUUGGUGUGGUUUUCUCCUACUUAUUUGAAAUCAUCAGACGCUACUUUCUUCUCUGUCGCUUAAGAGUUUAGUUUCUCAAAUAUAUUUAAUGAGAAACGA